AUGACGUCCUCGACCUCGACCUCGUCCUCGGCGUCGGCGUCGGCGUCGGUGUCGGCGUCUUCCGCCGCCAAAGACUUCGGCUCCGGCGACGACGCCGUCUCCACGACUUCGUCCAGCACCGCGUCGACGAUUUCCUCCGGGGACGUCGGCGCGCGCGCUUCUUCCUCCUCCGUCGCGCCGCCUCCUCGCGUCGGCGUGUGCGGCUCCGAGGAGGUCGCCGCCGCCGUCGCCGCCGCGGGCGCCGCCGCCGUCGGCGACACCGACGACGCGCGCGACGACGGCAGUGACAUCACCCCUCUCGGCGACGCGCCGCCGUCGUCCUCCGCCUUGGCCUUCGCCGCCUUGACGGCGGCGUCGGCGGCGUUGGCGCAGCGCAUCACUUCCGCGGCGUUCCUCGUGAGUUCCUCCUUCAAUCGCAUGUUCUCCAUCUGCAUCAUUCGCAUCGACCGCCGCUGCUCGUCCAUCGACCGCCGCUGCUCCGCGAGCAUCUGCAUCGCCUCUCGCAGCUCGUUCUUCAUCAGUUCGAGCUUCUCAGCGUCCACGGGCUUCUUCGCGGCGCGGACCGAGGAUCUUCUCUCUUCGCCGUCGCCGUCGCAAUCGCCGCGGUUCUUCUUCCUCCCGAACUUGGUGCGCACGACCCAUCGCGCGGCGCCGGAGAGGACGCCGAGGACCGCGCCCGCGGCGAUCUGCGCGAGAUCCACCUGGACUUUGCCACGUCCGUCGACGCCCUCGCGUCGUCGACGACGCGGCGACGAGCGUUUGUCGCUUUUCCCCCCCCCGCCGAAAUCGUCGUCGUUCGCGAUCGCGGACCCGUCGCGCCCGCCGCGCUUCCGCGGCGGCUCGACGCGGUGUUUCCCCGCGGGCGGCGCGGACGCGCGCUCGACGGCGAUGCGGGCCAUGCUCUCUCGCUCUCUCGCCUCUCGCGGAGGCGCGGACCGUGGCGGCGCGGACGCGAGUGCCGCGCGCGCGAGCGACCGCGACGACGCUCGUUCGCUCCGAGAUCUUUUUUCGCGCGACGAAACUGAUGAUGCUGGUAACUGGCGCGCUCGAAACGGCCGCGAGCGAGCCCGCCAACGCACGCAGAAGGCGAAGACGCCGCCGCGGAGGGCGCCGCUGUCAUCGCGACCGGCGUGGGGGAGCAAGGUGGCGAGGUCGAACGCGCGGAUGUGGUCCGCGGAGCCGAUCGACGCGCCCGCGGCGCGCGCGAAGAAGCCGUCGGUGCCGAGACGCGCGACGACGACGACGACGACGACGACGACGAACAAAUCGAAGCAUCCGACGACGCGGAAGACCGCGCACGAGCGCGCGGAGGCGGCCGCCGCGGAGGCGCGCGCGCGAUCGCCGCUGUAUCGCGCGUCGCCGAGCCCGGUCAAGGCGGUGAACUCGCCGAAGCGACGGCCGCUGUCCGCCGAGCCGACGCACGUGCGGUUCAUCGACCGCGACGACGACGACGACGACGACGAAUUCGACGACGCGUCGUCAGACCCUUCCGAGUCGGACGACGACGAAGGCGUCGACGCGGACCUCGCGGCGAUCUUCCAGACCCUAGACCGCGACGGCGACGGCGCGGUGAACAUCCGAGAGCUCGUCCUCGCGCUGCGCGCGAACCCGGACGUCGCCGCGCGGUUAGGUCUCGCGUCGCGGAUUCGGCAGGAGGACGGCAGCAGGGACGUCGUCGAGUCGUUCUUUCAACGCCUGGACGCGGACCACGACCGCAAGCUGACGCUCGACGAGUUCUCGUAUCUCGCCGAGCUCGAGGCCGCGGACGCCGCGAAAAAGAAGAAGGAGACCGCGCCGACCGCGCCGCCGCCGCCGCCGGCGGCGGCGAAGAAGAAAAAGAAGAGAACGCCGCCGGCGUCGCCGGUACGAGCUGAAACGCGCUCCUCGCCGGCGCGGAAGGCCCCCGUGCCGUCGCGCCCGUCCCCGCCCGUGCGCGUGCCGUUCGUCGUGGACGCGAGCCCACCCGCCGCCGCCGCCGGCGGCGACGACGACGACGACGACGACGACGUCCUCCCCGGAUCGAACAUUCGACGCGUGUCGAAAUCGAAAACCGGCGCCGGGACGCACGUGCGGUUCGCGUCCCCGGUGGUCGCGUCCGUCGACACACCGAACCGUCGCGGCGGUUCGUCGGAAGUCGAACCGUCGUCGCCGUUCCAAGGCGGCUUCGCGACGCCCACGGACGACGCGGCGCGGGGCGGCGUCGGCGUCCUCGCCCUCUCCCCCGAGACGCCGACGUCGGUCAGCGCCGCCGCCAAGGAGGAAAACGUCGACCCGGACGCGCUCCUCGUCGAAGGCGGCGAGCCGCGAGUGGACAUCCGCCAGCUGUGCGUCGCGCCGAACGGGGUGUUAUACCCGCUCACGGCGGAAUAUAAUAACGCCGGCGCCGGCGGCGCGACGCCCGGGGAAGACGCGAGAGAAGACAUCGCGUCCGCGAUCGCGUUCCUCGUGAAACUGGAGCUCGCGUGCGCGCGGGGGGACGCCGCGCGCGCCAAGGAGGAGACCGCGCGCGCCAAGGAGGAAGCCGCGGCGGCGGUGGAACGCGCCAACGCCGCCGUCGAUCGCGCGGAGAAGACUGAAAAAAGGCUCAGCGAGAAGACCGCGCCGCUCGACGUCGCGGUCGGCACCGCGCGCAUGGACGCGAUCGAAAAGAACCACGCCGGGAAGACGAAGAUGACGAAGGAGAUCGCGUCUCUUAAAGAGAAGGUGACGGCGCUCGAGAGGGACCUCGCGUCGGCGUCGACGGCGGCGGCGAAUUGGAAAGAAAAAGCGGAGACGCUCGAGCGUCGGUACGGCGCGUUCGACGGCGUCGUGCGCGACGCGCAGGAGGCGCGAGCGCGCGCGGACGCGUGCGAGGCGCGUGCGACCGCGGCAGAGAGCCGCGAGGCGAUCGCGCGCGCGUGCGCGCAAGACGCGGAGAUGGCGAGAGCGACGCUCGAGGGCGAGCUCGACGCGAAGGUUCAAAACGCAGUCGCGUCCGCGGCUGUGGAGAAGGAACGCGCGCUCGAAGACGUCGUCCGCGGCUUGAAGAACGAGCUCGCGGAGGCGAAGGCGACGCGCGACCGCGCGGUCGGCCUCGCCGCCGCCGCGGAAGAGCACGAGGCGGAGGUGUACGCGGGCGAGGCGCUCAGGCUGCGGAAAGAAGCGCACGACGCGCGACGCGCGGAGGCGGCGACGCGACGCGAGUUGGAAGACCUCCGCCGCGACGCCGCCGCGUCGUCGACGGCGAAGGACGCGGCGCUCAACGACGCGCGCGGCGCGCUCGACGCCGCGCAGGGCCGCGCGCGAGCGAUCGAGCGCGCGGCGAACGACGAGAUCGAGACGCUGAGAGGCGCGCUGCGCGCGGCGAGGGAGGCGACGGAGAUGGAGCGCGCGUCGAUCAGCGUCGGCGAGGCGAAGCGCGCGCGCGAACGCGCCGAGGAGGAGCAGCGCACGCGGCGGAAACUCGCGGAAGCGUUGACGGAUCUCGAGCAGGCGCGGCGGGCCGAGGGGGAGGCGCGGGCGAGGGAGGAGGACGUCAUGGCGAAGUGCGUGGAGAUGAUGGAGGCGAGGGACGAGCAGAUUCGACGCGCGAGGGAUCUGGCGGCGACGCAAAUUCGCGCGGCGGAGGACGACGCGGCGAGGGACGCGCGCGUCGCUCGGAACGAGUGCUCGGACGCGAAGCGGCAGUUACGCGAGGCGGAAACCGCCGCGGAGAGUGCGUUACUCCGUGCGGAAGCCGCGGUGAACGAGGAACGACGACGACGUCUCCACGCGGAGGAGGAAGCCGCGCGUUUACGACGCGAGGCGCGGAGCGCGAAGGUGGACGCCCUGAGCCCGAUCCCGACGGGUCAACGCGAUCGUCGACAACACCCGCAGCCGCGGUCGCAGCAGCCGCGCGCGACGAGCGCCGCGCCGGUGGAGGGGUUCGGCGGGUACGACGACGCCGAGCGCGUGCGCAGGCAGCUCGCGGAGCUGAGAGAGCACCCCGCGGCACGAGUCGCCGCGGAGGCGUUUCACGACGUCGGCGGCGGCGGAGGCGGCGGAGGCGGCGCGUCGAGUUUUUCCCCGGAGAGCGAUCGCGACGGCGAGCUCCGCGGAGACGACGCGACGCCGUCGGCGACGGUUUCAAACGGGAAAAACGCCGCCAAUCCCGCGCCGUGGACGCCGGGGUACAUGGGCGUCGCGUCCCCCGCGCAGAGGGCCGCGCUCGUGGACGAGCUCUGCGAGAGCAUCCAGGCGUUGUGA